CUUUAUUUCUUUUUGGUAUUCUUUUUCGUACUAUAUAUCUAUUUUUAUAACAAUUGUCAGGCAAUAAUUCAAAUACAUGUAAAGGUUAUGUGAUAAUGCCAUAGUGCUUCUUCAAAAAGACUUCUCUUCCUCAUCCUAAACUAAAACCAAUCACCACCCUUCUUAUUCAAUUAUUAAAGAGAGAGAAUUUAGAAACAACCAUCUACCUAAUUUUGAUUAAUCAAUUCUAUCAACUUCCGGAUAUGUAACUCACUAAUAGAGUUCCUUGAUUGUCCUAAAAGUUCAAAUCAAUAGUAAAAAGGAAUUAUAGUUGUUUUUGUAUUAAAUAACUCUCUCUAUGUAAUUACUCAUGACAACAUGUGUAAACAAUCAGAGAACAAUAAUUAUAAAAAUGAUAUUAAUUAGUAUCUAUCACUGACACCCAAUAACAUUGAACUAAAACGUUGUAAACCACUUACUUUGUUUUCAACUAAUUAAUUGUACACUUAAAACAUUAUUUUAGUUUUAUUGGGUUGGCAUCACUCUAAUAUUAGCCACAUAUGAAGAAUUAGAUUCCUUUCCAGUGACUUUUUAGCACAUACCAUUGAUUAGGAGUCCAGUCAAUUGGUCCACUCACUUCAAGUCCAUGAUAAUAACAUCUAUGCAUGCCCCAUAAUAUAUAUAUAUAUAUAUUAGCAGCAACUAAUACCACUAAAAUCCCAUAAUCAAACCCACCCCUCUUAAUCUCUUAUGUUCUCCAAAAACACACAAUAAACUUUGACAAGAUGAAGCCAAGGAAUGUGGUCCUGAUGACAGUAAUCAUGGUGUUUUGCUAUCGUUAUGUCGCGGCACAACACCAAAAGACGUAUAUUGUUCACAUGGACAAAGCCGGUAAACCAUCGGUGUUUACGGACCACAUGGAAUGGUAUGAAACGUCUAUGAGAUCGGUAUCUGAGUCUACAUCUAUGUUGUAUGCUUACGACAAGGUUAUGCACGGCUUUUCCACAAGACUGACAGUUGAGGAAGCGGGUUUGCUUAGAAACCAGCCCGGAAUUAUUUCGGUUCAAGAAGAGGUGAUAUAUGAGCUGCAUACAACUCGAUCACCUGAGUUUCUUGGGCUAGAAAGGAGUGACAUGACGCUUUCUGGGUCAGGGUCCGGUGGUGAUGUCAUCGUUGGAGUGGUGGACACGGGUGUGUGGCCCGGAAGUAAGAGUUUAGAUGAUACGGGUUUUGGACCCGUUCCCAGUUUGUGGAAAGGAGAGUGUGAGAGCGGGACGGGGUUUAACGUAACGAGCUGUAAUAAGAAACUAAUUGGCGCACGGUAUUUUUCGAGAGCGUAUGAAGCAGCCUACGGGCCAAUUGAUGAAACCAUUGAAUCCAAGUCGCCUUUGGAUGAUGAUGGACACGGGACACAUACUUCAACUACGUCAACAGGGUCAGCAGUCACCGGGGCAAGUCUUUUCGGUUUUGCAAAAGGGAAAGCUCGAGGGAUGGCACCACGUGCCAGGCUGGCGGUUUAUAAAGCAUGCUGGCUCGGUGGAUGUUUUGGCAGCGACAUAUUAGCUGCAAUGGAGAAGGCGAUCAUAGAUGGUGUUCAUGUAUUAUCACUCUCAAUAGGCGGUUCGAUUUCUGAUUACCCCACUGAUAUUGUAGCUUAUGGGGCGUUUAAAGCAGUAUCCCAUGGAAUAUUCGUGUCAUGCUCGGCUGGCAAUAGUGGGCCCGCACCUCAAAGCCUAUCAAACGUCGCCCCGUGGAUAGCUACGGUAGGAGCAGGAACUCUAGACCGUGAUUUCCCAGCUUAUGUUACCCUCGGAAAUGGAAAGAAGUUAUACGGUGUAUCACUAUACAGUGGAAAACCAUUACCCGGUUCAAUGUUUCCACUCGUUUUUGCCGGUAAUAUUAGUAAUACGACAACUGGCCGUCUAUGUGUACCAGGUUCGUUGCCACAGGGGCGUGUUACUGGAAAAAUUGUGAUGUGUGAACGCGGGUUGAAUUCGCGGGUGCAAAAGGGGAUGGUGGUGAAGGCGGCUGGUGGUGUGGGAAUGAUAUUAGCGAACACCGAUACAUUCGGUGAAGAACUUGUGGCUGACACCCAUCUCAUACCAAGCUCCACCAUAGGUCAAAAAGCUGGUGAUGAAAUCAAACGAUACAUAGUCUCGGAUAAUAAUCCAACGGCUACGAUUACAUCCGGAGGAACUCAAUUGGGUGUCCAACCAUCACCGGUGGUUGCAGCGUUCAGUUCCCGUGGUCCGAAUCCGCUCACGCCAGAAAUACUCAAACCUGAUUUCAUAGCACCAGGGGUGAAUAUCUUAGCUGGUUGGACCAAUAAAGUAGCUCCCACCGGCUUAUCCGAAGACCCACGACGUGCGGAAUUUAACAUCGUGUCUGGAACGUCGAUGUCCUGCCCACACGUAGGCGGGUUAGCUGCACUACUCAAGGAGGCUCACCCAGAAUGGAGCCCAGCAGCUAUAAAAUCAGCACUUAUGACCACAGCAUAUAGCACAUACAAAAAUGGUGAAAGGUUGCUGGACGUUGCAUCUGGGAUGCCAUCAACACCGUUUGAUCACGGUGCAGGACACGUGGACCCCGUUUCAGCUCUUGACCCUGGUCUUGUCUAUGACGCCUCUGCUGGCGAUUACUUGAGCUUCCUUUGUGCUUUGAACUAUAGUUCUAGUGUUAUUAGAAUGUUUACGGGUGGAAGUUCCACGUGUACAGCGGGAAAGAAAUACAGAGUAGAAGAUCUUAACUACCCGUCGUUUUCGGUUCCUUUGAUGACGGCUUCAGGGCAAGGCGGUGGAAGCAGUGCGGAAAAUAUUGUCAAGUACACGAGAACUUUGACGAAUGUGGGCCCACCACAAACUUACAAGGUUUGGAUACUUUCAAAUACAAAGGCUGUGAAGAUCAAAGUUGAGCCGGAAGAGCUAACGUUUACUGAGAAAAACGAGAAAAAGGUGUACACCGUGACGUUUACUGCUAGUUCCAUGGAAUCGGGAACUACCAGUUUUGGUCGUCUGGUAUGGUCUGGUGGAAAAUACGUCGUAAGUAGUCCUAUAGCGUUUAGCUGGGUAUGAUUGCUGUAAAGUAUAUUGUAAUAUUGCUUAGAUCAAGCAAUGUAAAUUAUUUGCUAUCAUUGCACAAAUCUGUAACCUUUACUUCCUUGAUAUACAAGUAAAGAAGAUUAAAUCAACUAAAGUUUUUAUAUA